AGUAAGGUCGAUUCGAAAUCACAGACGAGGAGCAGACUGGAGAAAGCGAGAAAGAGGGAGGAUCUGGUUUCUUCUCCUUCUCCGGCAUCUCUCUGAGUCCAACUGUGGCGUAUAAUCCGAGAGCGGAAGGGGUAGGGGAGUCCAAGGCGGCUCGCCUCCACUCGUUUCUCUCCUCCGUCUUCGCGAGUCUCUUUCGACAAAGAAACGAAGGAGAAGAAGGCAUCGCCGAAGAGGGGGAUCUCAUGGCUUCCAAGCGUCAGGCGUUGGUGUUGCCGCAGAAGAAAGGUGGGAUUCCACCUAUGGGGAAGCAGAAAGUUGUCGCUGUGGCAGCAGAUGCGAAGAAUCGCCGAGCCCUAGAAGACAUCGGCAAUCAAGUUAAUGCCAGAGUUGUUGAAGGGAGGAUAGAAACCCAGGUCAAUCGUCCCAUUACUCGAAGUUUUGGGGCUCAGCUUCUUGCAAAUGAACAAAAUGCUGCUGCUGUAAACAAGAAAUCUGUAACCACUCAGUCUGAUCAAGCAGAUGUUAAAGUUUGUGCAAAACCAGCUAAGAAGGUCGCAGCGAAAAGAAAGGAGAAAAAGAACGUGGAGAUCAUUGUGAUAAGCCCUGACUCUAAUGAGGAAAAGAAAUAUGAAGCUGGCAUGGUAGGUAUCACCCGCAAGUCUUCCAGAAAGAAAGCUACUUCUCUUACUUCUGUGCUGACGGCUCGAAGCAAGGUUGCUUGUGAGCUCUCUGACAAGCUGAAAGAAUUGGUUGUUGACAUCGAUGCAUCUGACAAAGAGAAUCAGUUGGCUGCUGUUGAUUAUGUAGAGGAUAUAUACAAGUACUACAAAUCCGUCGAGCAUUCAUUCAGGCCUUGCGACUACAUGGAUUCCCAAGUGGAGAUCAACGUAAAGAUGCGAGCUAUUCUUGUUGAUUGGUUAAUAGAAGUGCACGAUAAGUUUGUGCUGAUGCCGGAGACUCUCUACUUGACAUCGUAUAUAAUUGACCUAUAUCUUUCGACGGAGAUGACUCCGAGGAACGAACUGCAGCUUGUCGGGGUGUCCGCCAUGCUCAUUGCUAGCAAAUACGAAGAACUCUGGGCGCCGGAGGUCAGUGAUUUCAUCUGCAUAGCUGAUAGAACUUACACCAGAGAACAGAUCCUUAGAAUGGAGAAGCGAAUUCUGGAUAAGCUUCAAUGGAACCUCACUGUCCCAACGCCAUAUGUGUUUCUUGUGAGGUUUGUGAAGGCUGCAGAAUGUGACACUGAGAUGAACAACAUGGUGUUCUUUUUUGCCGAGCUAGCUUUGGUACAAUACUCGUUGGUUACCCACUGCCCGUCAAUGGUGGCUGCUGCAUCUGUAUUUGCAGCUCGGUGCACUCUAAAGAAGAGCCCUCUUUGGACAGAAACACUCAAGUUCCACACAGGCUUCUCCGAGCAACAAUUGCUGGACUGCACCCAAAUUUUAGUCAACUCGCAUGCGUCGGCUGCAGCUGAGGGGAAGCUCAAGGUGGCAUAUAAGAAGUAUUCUCAUGAACAUUUUGGAGCUGUGGCGUUGUAUCCCCCCGCUACCGAAAUGAUGGAGGAGUUGACGACAUCAAAGACAGUGCCUUGAAGCUGAAUGAUAUUACUAACUUUAUUUAACUUCUUUUGUUUUUCAUCUGUUUGGUUUGUGAGUAUGAUAUGCUUCAUGUUCUUAAUGAAAGAGUCUGAUUUCUGCUGGGGGCUGUUAUAUUUUGUGUUGGUCCUCAUAUAGUUUCUUUACUCAGGACAUGGUGUUGUUUACUCGUACAUUGUAAUGUGGCAAACAGCAUUGACCUGAACUACUUGAUCAUGUUUUGGCCACGGCUCUAAUUUUUUUGUGUUUAGAGUUUUUGUACAGCAGCAUGACUUACAUGGUCAAGAACCUUUAAUUGUGUUGUAUAUUACAAAAGUUGUAGGGCAAUAUGUAGAUCGCUUC